UGUGAGGCAAGGAACAAAAGAGAGGGGGGGAGAGGUAACAGAGACACACAUUAAAAGACAAAAAUCUGGGAUAAAAGUAGUAGUAUAGUUGAGAGAGAAGGAAAGAAAAAAGAGAAAUAAAGAAAAGAGAGAGAAAAGGAAAGAAAAAAAGAGAAAUAAAGAAAAGAGAGAGAGAAGGAAAGAAAAAAGAGAAAUAAAGAAAAGAGAGAGAGAGAAGGAAAGAAAAAAGAGAAAGAAAGAAAAGAGAGAAAGAAAGAGACAAGAUUAAUAUAUGAAGAGAGUAAAGACAGAGAAAGAUAAAAUAGGGAGACUGUGAUUGACUGUGAGAGACAGGCGACGAUAAGAGGGAGGUCCCAAGGUUAUGUAGUCAUAAGAAGGGAGAGUAAAAAGGUAGAUGGGAAGAGAGAAGUGAAAGAGAGUUGGAGAGACAGAGAGAGGAGAACGAGGUGGAAAAGAGAAGCCAAGUGCAGUUGAAACUUAAGAAAGCAAAACAACAAGAUAGAGUGUGAAAUAUACAGAGAGAUUUGAAGAAACAGCAUUGAGGUCACACAAGGAAUAAGCUUUGGCUAACAGACACUAAAGAAAUGGAAUCUAAAGGAAGAAAGAAGAUUCAGUUCUCAGUGUCUACUCCCCUUUCCCAGCUGGACCCUCGGGCAGUGGAGAUGAUUCGAAGACGAAGGCCAACACCAGCCACACUGUUCCGGGUGUCAGAACCUCACUCACCAGAUGAAGACCCUACAACACAGCAGAAGAACCCAGGGGAUACACAAGUUCUGAAGACUAAGAGACCAAACCCAUGUGGCUAUAUCCCUCCUUCUAUUAAAGCUAUGCAGCACAUUGUCCAGUCUCACCUGCAAUCCCUAGGCUCCCUUAGUGACAGUGAUGAUGAUGAUGAUGACGACCCAGAGAGGGAAGAUGGAAAUGGGAUAGAGGAGCCCACGUCAGGGCCUUCAGAAGACUGUGCAGCAGAAGACUGUGAAGUGCGGAAUGACAAAGAUGGAGGCCUUGUUGCUAGUGGCCUGGAGUCCCUCCUGCAUCAUCCACUUCUGGAAGAGAGAGCAGAGCUCACCGAACAAGAGGGAGACACAUCUAGUGGUGCAGCAUGUGAGAAGCAGGUUGUCCCUGCAGCACAACCUUGAUAAUCUGCCUGUAAUCAACCUGAUACUUCCAAUAUAGCUGUGAUACACUGAUUGUUACAUAUAUCUCUCUGUGGACUAGAACCAGACUGCUGAACCCCUAGAAUGUCCUAUCUUCUCUCCCAAAAGCUCUGGCAGCCCCAUCAUGUAUAUAGUCUUAUAGAGUCUGCUUAUUAUAUUACAAUAAACAUAAAUUGUACCUACAAUAA